AUCAGAUACUGGCGGCAGCAUGAACGGGAGGCAGCAGCAGACAGAGUGCGAACAGCGGGUCUUGAACCAACAGCCAGGGUGUCUGGUCUUCGGCCCAGCACUCGAUACCAUGUUGCUGUUCUGGCGUACAACAGUGCCGGCACCGGACCGCCUUCACCUCGCACCACCGUCACCACCAGAAAACCACCUCCUAACCGCCCUCCAGCCAACGUGUCCUGGAGGAUCCAGGGCUCAGCUGUAACCGUGAGGUGGGAUCAGGUGACGGCCAUGCACAAUGAGUCAGUGGUUCUGGGUUAUAAAGUUCUGUACAAACAUGAAGACCARACUGCAUUAAAGUUUCUGGACAAGACAAAAACAUCUGUGAGCUUGCCGUUACCAAACGACACCGGUUAUGUUGUGAUGGAGGUUCGAACCUGGGGUGAGGGGGGAGACGGGCCGGCACAGGAGGUCAUCGUGUCUCGAGACUCGGGAACUGGGAUGAUGGUGCAGAAGAACGCCUCCUCCACCUCAUCGACGCCUCCGCUCCACCUCCUCAGUGGACUGCUUCUGUUGGUUCUGGUGUUGCUGUCAGACCUGUGAUCCCUUUCACUUUGUGGACUUUUUUGUUGAAAGGAAGGCCUGAGGCGGUCUGGGCUUCAGUGCAGGAUUAGUGUCGGGGAUGAAAUCUUUUUGUUUUUUUAAUACAUUUGCUUUGUAAAAGACCCGGGGGGUUGUACCGCAGACAGUAAACCACACCUUAGGAGGAGCAGAACUCAUCUCUGAAUGUGCUUUAAAAACCAUGUUUGUUCACCUGAGGCUCAUCAGUUCUUGAUCUGCAUCCACAUGAGUAACAUACAAGGACAAAAUAAGACAAAGGUCCAGAGAGAUAAUUGAAACUGAGGUGAAAUGUUCUGACAAGUGAGAAGGACYAAUUUUUCAACAACAGAUCACAUAGACAGUAAAUGUUUGAGACAUGUCUGCAGGUUUUGGAGCAACAUAAGCUGYCCUACAGGCUCCUUAUUUGACAUGAAGUAUUUUUUUCUAAAAACAAACUUCAGUAACUGCAUGUGUUACAAUAGCAGAGCUUCCUCACUUGAACCCAGCUUCUAAACAGUGCAGGAUGAACCUUUAUUGUUUUAUUUUGUAGUUUCCCCUUCAGUGUUGCAUUUGUAAAUUACAAAAAWGAAAUGAGUGUUGCAAUCUUUUUCAAUUUAGUUGAUGAACAGUAUUCUGCUUCGAACAUGAAGUCCAGUGAUUGGUCUACUGUAGUCUAGAACUCCUGAGUCCAGUUUGUAGCUCUGAGCUGUGAACUUA